GCAGAAGGAACUGCGCUCAGCACAGGCUUCACCCCGAGUCUACCGUGCGACGACCACCGGAGGAAUCAUGGUCAGCAGAUUCGAACACCCAGCUGGCGGCUACAAGAAGAUUUUCGAGACGGCAGAAGAGCUGGCAGAGCCUCUUCCGACCACAAUCACAGGAAGGAUCCCUUCCUUCCUGAGAGGGAGUCUCCUCCGCCUGGGCCCGGGACUCUUCGAGGUCGGAGACGAGCCCUUCUAUCACCUCUUUGACGGACAGGCUCUCAUGCACAAGUUUGACUUCAAGAAUGGCCAGGUCACGUACUUCCGCAAGUUUGUCCGAACUGACGCCUACGUCCGAGCCAUCACCGAGAAGCGUGUGGUGAUCACAGAGUUUGGCACGUUCGCUUAUCCUGAUCCCUGCAAGAACAUUUUCUCCAGGUUCUUCUCCUACUUUAAGGGAGUGGAGGUCACCGACAACUGUCUGGUCAACAUCUACCCAGUGGGAGAGGAUUUUUACGCCGUGACCGAAACCAACUUCAUCACCAAAGUCAACCCUGAUACUCUGGAGACUCUGAAAAAGGUCGACAUGUGCAACUACGUCAACGUGAACGGCGUGACGGCUCACCCCCACAUCGAGAGGGACGGCACUGUGUACAACAUCGGCAACUGCAUGGGCAAAGGGGCCACGCUGGCCUAUAACAUCGUGAAGAUCCCGCCUGCGCAGAAAGACAAGUCGGAUCCCAUCGAGAAGUCCAAGGUGGUGGUGCAGAUCCCCAGCGCCGAGCGCUUCAAGCCCUCCUACGUGCACAGCUUCGGCAUGUCUGAGAACCACUUUGUGUUCGUGGAGACGCCGGUUAAAAUCAACCUCCUCAAGUUCUUGAGCGCCUGGAGCAUCCGAGGGUCCAACUACAUGGACUGCUUUGAGUCCAACGAGAGUCAAGGAACUUUGUUUCACAUUGCUACCAAAACUCCGGGCGAGUACAUCGAGCACAAGUUCAAGGGAGCCGCCAUCGGGAUGUUCCACCACAUCAACACCUACGAGGACGAGGGCUUCAUCGUGGUGGACCUCUGUGCCUGGAAGGGCUUCGAGUUUGUCUACAACUACCUGUGGCUGGCCAACCUGAGAGAAAACUGGGAGGAAGUGAAAAAGGCGGCGAUGAUCGCGCCUCAGCCGGAGGUGCGCAGAUACGUCAUCCCACUGGACGUGCACAAGGAGGAGCAGGGGAAGAACCUGGUGAGUCUGCCGUACUCCACCGCCACCGCCGUCAUGCACGCCGACGGCACCAUCUGGCUGGAGCCGGAGGUCCUCUUCUCAGGGCCGCGCCAAGCCUUUGAGUUUCCGCAGAUCAACUACGAGCGCCACUCUGGGAGGAACUACACCUACGCCUACGGCCUGGGCCUCAACCACUUCAUCCCAGACAGGAUCUGCAAGCUGAACGUGAGGACCAAGGAGACCUGGGUGUGGCAGGAGCCCGACUCCUACCCCUCAGAGCCGCUGUUCGUCCAGACUCCCGGCGGCGUGGACGAGGACGACGGAGUGCUGCUGACCAUCGUGGUGGCUCCGGGCGCUCACAGACCCUCCUACCUGCUCAUUCUCAACGCCAAGGACCUGUCCGAGGUCGCUCGGGCCGAGGUGGACUGCAUCAUUCCGGUCACCUUCCACGGGAUGUACAAGCCCUGAGGCGGCGCCGGGCUGGUGGUGAACAGAUUAAAGCUGAGCAAACCCCCAGUGGCUCCGUCCUCUUCUUGAUGAGGGAAGACGGCGUUAGAGCAAGUGCGGCGCCGACGCUCACAUUUGAUCAGGCAGAUUAAAACGAGACAAAGCCGAUUAAGCUAAUCUGAGAACAGCCAUGUUGCAAGCAAACAAUGUGAGCAGUGGAGCGGAAGACGGACGGGACCAGCUCCCAUCAUCUCAGCCUGGUCUGAGCCACACUCGGCUCGGCCACUGUCCACCACUCCACUGUCAGGUGGAGGACAAGUAGUGACUCUCUGACAGGGACGGUGGUCCAGUUUAGACCGAGGAUUCAUCCAGGGAAAAAGGCAUCAAAGACACAAGUGCAGAACGUAAAGGAUUGGAGGAAAGCUUGUGCAGAUAUGUGUUUCCCCACAAAUACUGUUCCUGUAAGAACAUUUUUCACCCCUUUAUUCAUGUUUUUUUUUUUAACACCAGGGCCUUCGAUGACCUGCUAAAUAAAAGAAAUCAAAGGUACAGGAAAGCAUGGCGGAGCCCAGCUGAUACAGGUCUACAGUCUCGGUCUCUGCGCGGCCGAGGGACUUGGCUUGCAGGUCACUCCUGACCUCGGCUCGACGCCAGCGGGACAAGACUCAUUUGGACCUCUACCACGUCCAGCGCACUGCUGCUGUGACACUGGGACUGGGGAGCCGUCCAAGUCGGCUGCGCGCUUGUAGGAGUGGGGCUCCAAUUCCUGAAGGGAACACAGUCAAGGCAGAGAACUGCCGACAUCCUCACACAGUCACAGUGACGCACAACUGUCCGACAACAUAACAACACUCCUGGGAUCUGACAGAAUAAACCCACACAGGAAACACGAGGCCUCACAGCAGAAAAGCCAGAAAGCUUCCACCUGUCGCGGCAGAGUCGAGCCAGGGGCGCGGACCACGUGGCUCCAGAGGAAUGACGAGUGGAUAGUGCAAGGUAGGGAAGGUAUAUAUUAAGACGCCGCUUUAGAUAUUGUCCCAGGAUUAAAGUGCAACUCUCUGGAUCAGAAGAAGUGUGCGCGCGCGUUUUGGACCCAGCACAAGUGGCUUCCCGCUGCCUUCCGGACCCUUGAGCAAGC